AUGAGUGGGGGAGGGGUUAACGCAGAGGAGAACUUGAACUGGUUAGAUGAACAUCAUAUAGCGGCUCAUUUAUUCCAAAAGCCGACACGUGUCCUUACUCCUCAUGGCACGCUCGUAGAUGUUUUCACGGUGGAUCCUGCGGAUCCAAGCAUGGAAAUUAGGCGGCAGAGGCUUGAGCCUUAUCUGAGACGCACGGGAUUUUACCACGCCGCUUUGAUCAAGCGCUUCGAGUACGACAAUCCACUUAUUAGUGCCUUCGUUGAACGAUGGCGACCGGAGACACACACCUUCCACCUCCCUUGGGGCGAGUGUACGGUAACCCGGGAGGAUGUAGCAAUGCAGUUAGGGUUACCUGUUGAUGGUCAGCCCGUUAGUGGUACUUUGAGGUCAUGGAGCAAGUUUCACCAAAGAGAUAUUUGGGAAUGGUGUCAUGAACUUCUAGGUGAGGUUCCCGCGGGCCACGUAGGGACAACAAAGUUCAACAUAAAGUUGAAGUGGCUCAGAACUCGUCUUCAGUAG